UAUCACAUCUCUUUCUCUUCCUCUCUCUCUCUUCUACGCUUUAGUUUCCUCUUUUCCUCUUUCCUCUUUUCCUCUUCCCCUCUUUAUACUACCGUGUCAUUUUCAUUUUGUCACUCCUCUCUUCUUUCCUUUCCUCCUUCCUUCCUUCCUUCCUUCCUUCCUUUCUUUCUUUCUUUCUUUCUUUCUUUCUUUUUUUAUACUUUUUCUCCCUUCACUCUUCCACCGAAUUAGAGCUGUUAUUUGUUAUUCUUUAAGCCAUGUCUAACUUCCUGACUCCUGGUUUUGUCCCUGGACGUAAUAGUCUGUCUCACACAAUCAAGGACACAUCUGGAUAUAUCGAGAAUGCAUUCCUUGGCAAGGAGGAGCAGAUGGUCCAAGUUACCGAGUAUUUGAGUGAAAAAGCCUUUAUUCCCGCUGCUCUUGCUCAAAAUGAAGUAUCAUGGUUCUAUGGUAACCUUGGUAUUGACGACAUGUACUUUGCAUCAGAGUCAAUCGAAUCCAUCGCCAACCAUAUCUUGGCUCUAUAUGGCGCCAAAAUCUUUGCCUAUACCAAGAACGACAAUGGCCUUGACAUCAACCUUGAGCGUGAAACUGAGGAAGGCGCUGUUUACAUCCACACAUCUAGCCCUGGUGUUUCACAACUCUAUGGCCCUCAACAUGAAAAACGAAUUGAUUCAAAGUACCUCGAUGUCAGCAACGUUGAGAAUGCGUACCGUCUCGAAUCUUAUCGAUCCAAGGGAACAGUAUCAUCUUCAUCAUCAACUCAACUUCGCACUUACUUCGUGCGUAAGUGCACAUUCGUGAACCCAUCCCCGACAAAGGAACAGGAAACCGACAUCCGCGAGACCGCUGACAAGUCUUUCCUUGAGAAGGCGACCGAGAAUACUCUUGAGAUCUAUUCUAACAUCAUGAAAUUGGCGCUUAGCAGGACAGGCCCUGUCAUUGAGAUGUUUGAGGUCGAAGGUUCGCGUGAGCGCCGUCUCGUUAUUGCCUACAAACAACAGACAACGCAAUCGUUUUUCUCUGCCAUUUCAGAUCUUUACCAUUUUUACGAAUUGUACUCGACUCGCAAGUACGUGGAGCAAUUCUCCAAUGGCAUCACGAUCGUCUCUCUGUAUCUAAACCAGAUCCCAAAGUCAACUGCGCCUCCUAUUGAGCACUCAAUCCACCAAAUCAUCAAAGAGGCCUCACUGAUCUACUGCUUGCCCACAACCCCUCUUCAGACCUUCUUCCAGACCGGCAAGCUCUCUGUUCAGGAGUCGAUCUACGGCUAUAUCGGCUGGAUCUUUGCUCAGCAUUUUUUGAACCGUCUUGGAAACGAGUAUACAUCUCUGGUCAAUAUUUUAGAUCCCCAUAAUUCCAUUCAUCAGGGUGUGCUUUCCAAGAUGAAGAAACGCCUCCGCACGGACACAUUCACCCGCGAUUAUAUUCUGGAGAUCAUCAAAACAUACCCAGAACUCAUCAAGCUGCUCUACAUCAACUUUGCAAUGAUUCACUAUGUAAAUCCUGCAAUCAAUUCACUCAAGCCCACGUUGUCGUACCAACGUCUCAGGACUGACAACAUCUUGACAGAAGAACAACUCUACGAAAAGAUCAAACGUACCACUUCCAACUCACACGAGUUAAUGGUCUUUGAGUCUUUUUUGAUCUUCAACAAGCAUGUCCUCAAAACCAACUUUUAUCAACCCACAAAGGUUGCUCUCUCCUUCCGCAUGGAUCCUUCGUUCUUACCUGAGAUUGAGUACCCAACUAAGCUCUUUGGGAUGUUUUUAGUCAUUGGAUCCGAGUUCCGUGGCUUCCACUUGCGCUUCCGAGAUGUCGCCCGUGGAGGAAUCCGAAUCAUCCGUUCGCGUAAUCGAGAGGCCUAUUCUAUCAACUUGCGUUCGCUCUUUGAUGAGAACUACGCGUUAGCAGCCACACAGCAGCGCAAGAACAAAGAUAUCCCUGAAGGCGGUUCCAAGGGCACAAUUUUACUAGAUGUUAACCAGCAGGACAAGCCUCUUGUGGCGUUUGAAAAGUAUGUGGAUGCUAUUCUAGACCUGCUAAUUGCUGGUCAAACUCCUGGUAUCAAGGAACGCAUUGUAGAUCUAUACAAGAAACCCGAGAUCUUAUUCUUCGGGCCAGACGAAGGCACAGCAGAUUACAUGGACUGGGCGUCUGCUCAUGCUCGUGAGCGUGGAGCGAGUUUCUGGAAGGCCUUCACCACAGGCAAGUCCCAGUCUCUAGGAGGCAUUCCUCACGAUACUUAUGGUAUGACUACACGCUCAGUCCAUCAGUAUGUUCUUGGUAUCUAUCGCAAACUGGGGCUUAAGGAAGAAAACUGCACUAAAUUGCAGACAGGAGGUCCUGAUGGAGACUUGGGUUCGAACGAGAUCAAAAUCUCCAAGGACAAGACAUGUGGUAUUGUCGAUGGCUCAGGUGUUCUGUAUGACCCAGAGGGUAUUAAUCGAACAGAGUUGAACCGUUUGGCUCAAAGUCGUCUCAUGAUUUCAAACUUUGAUGUCUCGAAACUCUCGCCAAAAGGAUUCCGAGUGUUGGUGGAUGAGGUUAAUGUUAAAUUGCCAUAUGGAGAAGUCGUUGAUGAUGGUCUAUCUUUCCGCAACAACUUCCAUUUAAACCCGAUGGUGGGCUGUCAAGUCUUUGUACCCUGUGGUGGUCGCCCAGAAUCCGUGGAUCUCCAGAAUGUGGGUCGUUUGCUUGAUCACGAGAACCACCCUCGAUUCAAGUAUAUUGUUGAGGGUGCUAACUUGUUCUUUACACAAGAGGCUCGUCUUCGUCUGGAGCGUGCAGGCGCGAUCGUGUUCAAAGAUGCAUCAGCUAACAAGGGAGGAGUCACCUCAUCCUCUUUAGAAGUCCUUGCUGCAUUGGCGUUUACGGAUGAAGAGUUUGCAGAACACAUGCAAGUGACUGAGAGCCAUAUCCCAGCGUUCUAUCAGGAUUAUGUUAAAGAAGUACAAGCGAUCAUUGAGCGCAAUGCGCAACUAGAGUUUGAGGCCUUGUGGAGAGAGCAUCAGCGGACUAGGACACCACGAUCGAUCCUAUCGGACGAGCUGUCAUUGGCAAUUGUGAAGCUGAAUGAGGACUUACAGCACACGUCGUUGUGGGACAAUGUGCCAUUGCGCAAGGUCGUGUUGGAGGAGGCUUUCCCCAACCUAUUGCUGAAGCAAUUGGGAUUGGAUACUUUAAUGAAGCGUGUACCUGAGAACUAUGUCCGAGCGAUUUUUGGAUCAUAUCUAGCCUCACGUUUUGUGUACAGAUAUGGCACCGAGCCCAGCCAAUUUGCCUUCUUUGAAUUCAUGACACCAUACUUCUCCAAGGUGCAAUAAGCGAUGACAAGUAUAAAGCUGUAGAAAGAAUGGAAGAACAAUGUUAAAAAUAAAAAAUAAAAAAAAUGCG